AACAUCAAUAAGUUUAUUAUCUUUCCCCUUUCCUUUACAGAUGGAGUCCCAGUUCAGGCCUGGCUUCGAUGUGGCACCAGGAGCGCCUCCCGCCGGCCAGCCAUACGCCUCCGGCGCACCGCCGCCGAGCUCGGCGCGCUUGCUGCCCAACAUCCUCCGCGUCGCCGCGAUUGUUCUGACCUUCAUCUCUGCCGUCGUCAUGGGCGCCGCCCGGCAAACCACCACGGUCGUCAUCAACGAUCCCAUCACCGGUGUCUUCACGAGCCUCUCCGUGCAUACCAAGUCCACCUACUCGGCGGCCUAUGUCUACUUUGUGGUGGUCAACGUGCUUGUGUUCUGUUACUCGGUGGUCAGCCUCGCGUUGACCUUGAUGAUGAGCAACAAAGCGGGCGGCGGGGUGUCCUCCGUGUCGCUGCCCUUCUCCGUCGCCGACCUGGCGGCGGUGGUGCUCCUCUUCUCCGGCAACGGCGCCGCGGCGGCCAUCAGCGUGGUGGCGGAGCAAGGGCAGCAGAGGUUGGCCGGAUGGGAGAAGAUCUGCGACAUCGGCGGCGGCUUCUGCGCGCGAGUCAACGCCGCCAUCGUCCUGUCGAUGUUUGCGGCUGUAGCUUACGUGGCGCUGGUGGUGCUCGCCAUGGCCAGCGCUCGUAGACUUUAAUUAGUAGAUUGGAUUUGGAUCUGGCCGGGUUUAUUAUUUAUUAUAGUUAAGUCUCUGGUUUACAUUUAUCAGUAUUUGGGGAAAUUGUUGUGGAAGAUUGAAUUGUUGAAUUAAUUACUGGAAUAAUUACUUUUUGAUGAUCCUGAACAAAA